AACACAAAACAAUCCUCAAUCCUGCUCAUCUGCACCUUUUACAAAACUCAGCUGUGAACCACUCGCAUUUAAAAAAGAAUUGGGUUGUGGAUUUGAGAAGGCUGGACUCAUGUUGUUGACCUGGUACUGUUGUGCUCAGCUACUCCUGAUCCUCCUCCAUCCAUUCACUUACUCCAGAGGCUUGAGUUGUUUGUUGCCGGGGGUUACGCUUGUUGUUGAGCACAAUGUCGGAGCACAUGCAGCUCUCCCUCGCCUUGUGCAGGAUUGGGCUUUACACGUGUUUUCGGGCACUGUGCUGUAAAGGACCCCCGCCACCAAGACCAGAGUAUGAUGUGGUGUGCAUUGGCCUGACAGGUGCUGGAAAGACCAGCUUGCUCUCCCGCCUCUGUAGUGAGGGCAGCGACGGCAUCGUUCCUACAACAGGUUUCAGCAUCAAAGCAGUGCCAUUUCCAAAUGCCAUCUUGAAUGUAAAAGAACUAGGAGGAGCCGACAGCAUCAAGAAAUACUGGAGUCGUUACUACCAGGGGUCACAGGGUGUAGUCUUUGUACUGGAUAGCGCGUCAUCAGACGAGGACCUUGAAGCAGCACGUAAUGAGCUCCACUCAGCCCUGCAGCACCCACAGCUCUGCACACUGCUCCUCAUCCUUGCCAACCACCAGGACAAGCCUGCUGCAAGGACGCCAAACCAGAUUAAGAAGUACUUCGAGCUGGAACCGCUGGCCCGAGGAAAGCGCUGGAUCCUGGAGGGCAGCACCACCGACAACAUGGAGGCCGUGAAGGAGAGCUUCGGUCAGUUUAUUAGCCUGUUGGAGGACAAAGACACAGAGCCUGCAAGGAUAUGAUGCUAAUGCUGCUAAUGCUGAGAGACAUUAGCGGUUAACAACCACCACAUCCUGCUGGUGCCAAUGCACACACACUCAUGCACAGACACAAACACAUAGACACAAGAACGCAGCAGAUGUCGGCCUCUUUCUUUGAGAUAUGUAUUGUAUGUUAUCCUCCCGUCACUGCGGCCUCAUUUUUUUUCAUCGGAAGAGCGUGCACAAGCAAGUACAGACUGUCAGAGGAGAGUCACCGAUAAAGCCACUCAGAGUAAAGCAACUUGUCAAGAAUAAUCGUUGAACUUUGCCAACAAUGGAAAUCUCAUGUACCACUGUUUGUACCAUUGUGAUUAAUCAGUGGCUUUUGGGACGUACGGCAUUCCUUUAGUAUCUUUUGACACUAACACACACGCAUACACACACGCAUAGUGGAGCCCAGGUUGUCUGUAGAUAUGUUUAACAUCUCCACUAAUUACUUUGCAGGAUGUUUGGGUGGGCAUGGCUGAUGUUCUUUCCGCUGAGAAGUACUGUAUGGCCGUCAAGUGUGCUUCUCCCUUUGACUCGGUAACAACGAUCGACAUUGUGUGAUUGGAGUGCGUAGUCCAAAGCCUCGUGUUAUGUACGGUAGUUACAUAUCGGUGUGUCACACCGUGUCUGAAUAUCUAAUCUGAAUAGCGUAGUCUGAGUAUCUCAUGGAGUAUUAUGUACAUGCAAAUAAGCAUAUUGCCGUGUACCCUCCUGUGCAGCCAUACACAAGUACUACUAAUCAUAUGACUUAAGUGCUAGGUGACUUUAUGGAGUACAUUUGGAGAAAGUGGGAACAAGUUUGAAUGCUUUUAUAAAUGUGCAACCUAGGAUAUAUUUUAUAGCUCUGUAUGUUAACCUCGUAGAGCUGCGUUCCGAUUUUUUAUAUGUCAUACAUACAUAUGUCAUAAUUAUGAAUUCUUUCAAAUCAAAGACCAAAAAGGAGGAAAACUGAUGAUUGACUGGGCUGGACGUAGCCACAAGGUAGAGUGUUGUAAAGGAUUUAGUUUCUCUUCAUUGUUUAGGAAAUGUCGGGUCUCUGUUUUGUUUGUUUUUUUUACAAUAUUUCUUUUUUUUGUGUGUUUUUUUUUUUUUUUUUUUUUUUGCAUUUGACAUAAUUCCUCUCAGCAUUGGUUAGUGACUGCAAUCUCCCAUCAGGGUGGAAUACAAACUAUCAAUCAGCAACAACUGCGUCUGACAAGUCCCUGUCCAACACCCUAAUGCCUUCCAACUGUCUGAAGACCCCUCCCUGUCUGCUGUUUAUCGCGUACCCCUGCCCCACCUCAUCCCAGCCCGUCCCGACCAGCACAGCCCCUCUACUCCCGGAGCACAUUGCUGCUCGCUGUGCUUUCUGUCCCAGAUGCCAUCUUUCAGCCCGGUCGCCCUCAUGUGGACUCCACACCUCUCAAAUGUAUUCGUUGUGCCACAGGUGUGUGCAGUUGUCCCCAAGAUGUGCUUCAGUAAUGGAUGAUGUUCACGCCUCUUCCCCACGUGCUUUGUAUUUGUUUGUUAUUAUUUUUGAUCAGUAUUUUUGUCAGGUUUUUAAAGAUAUGAUCACUUUUUGUACCUGAUGUGAGAACUGAAUGGAUUGGUGCAUUUUGUUCGCUUGAAUGCAAAAUAAAUUUGUCGACUAGG